AUGAUUCAUCAGUAUCAUCUCAGCCAGAACAACAGCAACAUCAUCACAAGCAACCGCGUCUCUCCCGUGAUGGUGAAUAUCCUUGCCUUGAUGAACCAUCAUCAUCGUCGUAGAGAAUUUCAUAGAACUCUAAAGAAUAACAACAACAAUUCUUCUACUUCUGAUGCCGGAGACCAACCAGACUGGUCCUAUUGGGUAGCAAAGGAAACUGCUUCUUCAUCAGCUCCAUCAAAUGAAAAAGGCUCUGGCGCUUCACAAAGCCUUUUUGACUUGAUUCUCAACAAGGAGGAACAACCUAACCAAGCCUCUUCAUACCAACGCAAUGAAACUCUUGAAAACUUUUUUGCCUCCCAAACUGAAGAACGCUUGCAAAGCGAACAACUUGAGUCAUUAGAAAGCGCAUUCCAAGAUUUUAAAGAUUUAAUACAACCUCCUUCAAAGCCCCAGGAAUUGAGCCAUUCCUACCCAUUAAAAUAUAAUAGAGAACAAUAUCAAGAACUAGAACAAAGAGUGAGCAAGGAAACCGAUGAAUUACUUGAUGGAUUAACCAAUGAAGAAAUUGAUAAAAUUUUGUGGGAUACUCAACUUGCAAACGACAUUCUGAAGCAAAAGAGUUUGAGAGACUCUAGAAUUUCUCUUUCUAAUUUUGAAAUUAGGAACGAAAUGGAUGCGGAACGAAUGGCUUUGGAUCAAUUCCGUCGUGCCCACAGAGGCUUGAAACAAAGUGAAGAAAAUAUGUCGGAUGUUGAAAGAAAGAUUAAUUUGUUAACAAGAUCAUACUCUUAUCACUUACAACAAAAGAAGAGAGACCAUAUUUUAGAAACAGAGAAAGAUAAGAAGGAACAAAUGUAUAAUGUUUUUAAAAAACAAGCUGAUAACAACCCAGAAGCAUUCAAGACAUUUGCUGAUUCCAUUUUGAAAAAACAGACUAUUCCUAUCGAUUUUAUUCUUCAAAAUUACGCUAAUGGUGUAACCGUAGAAGAAAUUACAAAAAUGAUUUUAGCACAAGAAAAACCAGAGCUAGCAAAACCAAGUUAUGAUGUCGAUCAUUUUUCAGCCAUUAGAAAGGUAGUUCAAACGUUCAUUGACGCUAGACAAGAGUAUUGCAGAGAAAUUCUGGGUGUAAAAACUGGAAGAAGACAUGCCACUGGUUUCACUCUUUAUGCUGAUAGAGCUAUUAGUAAGGACGAUUCACUUGGGUAUAUUUUCAAUAGGCAUAAGGCCAUUCGUGAUGUAGAUAGAAUUGAGAGAACCAUAUCAAACCUUGACGAAAAUACGCCAACCAAAUCAGAAAAGGCAAAGCGAACAGCCAGAACUGCAAAACGUAGAUUAGAAGGACAGAGAUUGGACAAUACCAUGAAAGUCUUCAUGUGGGUGAAGAAGUACAAAAAGCAUAUUUUGAAAUAA